CCAACUUGAGCCAGGUCCAACGAUACCUCUGGGAAGAGUUCACGAGCGACGCCAUGGCACAAAAUGAGCAGAACGCGCCAGCGCAGCAGCCGUCUGCGGAUAUGCCACCCGCCAUGGCCGAGGUGAAAUCGCAGGCUGUGGACGAUCUGCUCAAAGAGAUGAACCGCAUGCCGCUUUUCAUGACAAGCCUGGAUGAAACAGAUGGUGAAGGUGGCGACAACAUGGCCCUCGAAGCGCUCAAGGCAUUGGCAUAUGAAGGCACCCGUGCUGAAAUUGCAGAAAACUUCCGCCAGCAGGGCAACGACUGCGCAAGGACAAAGCAGUGGUCCAAUGCAAAGGAAUUCUACACAAAGGCAAUAGCAGCCCUCAAAGGCCCGCAGACCCGUCGAGGCCCAGACGCUGCAGGGCCGGGCAUUAUCGAUGACGAGCUAGAUGAGCAAAAGGAGGCAAACAAGGAGAGGUCGAUUGCAGAGGCUGUCUACGUCAACCGAGCGCUGUGCAACUUGGAAAAGAAAAACUUCCGCUCGUGCAUCCAAGAUUGCGUAGCUGCACUUCACAUCAACCCAUCAAAUGUCAAGGCUUUCUACAGAUCCGCCACUGCUGGCUUGGAACUGAACAAGCUAGACGAGGCUGCAUGGGCCUGCAAUCGUGGACUAGCCCUGGAUCCUUCCAAUGGACCCCUCAAAGCUCUCCAAACCAAGAUUGAGACUCGAAAAAAAUACGUAGAAUCUGUGGAAAAGGCGCGUCGAGAGCGCGAGGCAAAAGCUGCGUCGGAGCGUGCAACACUGCAACUUGCCCUCAAGAGCAGAAACAUCCUUACCCGAAACACGGACAAGGCGCCAGAUCUAGAAGAUGCAACGGUCAAGCUGGAGAACAGCAUGGAUCCUUCUUCGACACUGACAUUCCCGGUCAUAUUGCUCUACCCUAUGGACUCGCAAUCUGACUUUAUUAAAGCAUUCUCCGAAAAGGAGAAACUAGACCAACACUUGGACUAUAUCUUUCCCCUACCAUGGGACCAGAAGCACGAGUACACGGUGGAAAAUGUAGAAGCGUACAUGGAGACGGCAGCAGGCGGGUUGAUCAAGGUAGGCAAGAAGAUGAGCCUCGGCAAGGUCCUAGGAAGCGGGAAGCCAGAGAUCAUCGAUGGCCUAGUAUCCAUCAGCGUGGUUCCAAAGGACAAGGCUGCCGGUUGGAUCGAAGAGUUCAAGAAACGACAAGGAAAAGCUUCAUAGCUCAGGCCAUGUAUAGUAUGCACGUACAUACUUACAUAACCCACGGCGUUUUUCUGCCACACGGUCUUCCAUACGAUCAUCGCCGUUAACGGCCCGAAAAUAAGCGCGGAUGUAUCGCUAAACGCGUGGGAUACGAAUCCGGUGCUGUUCCCAAAGUCCGGUAAUGAAGGGUUCCUUCGGCGCAUGGACAGUAACCAUGUGUCACGCAAUUGUCAUCUCAAAACUGCUCAACUCACUUCACUCCCCUGAACAUGUACGUAAGUAUGUACACUGCCUCGGGCCGCACAUACAGACGAGUAUGACGUACAUGUUUUUCAGCAUGCACACGUACUACGUUUUGGUCACGGGACGGAACGAGCACAAAAAUAGUCUUGCAAGCAGAAACAGUUGUACAUAUCUGGCUACUGCCACGUCAUCUGCUCCUUAUAUCAAAUAUGAUAAUACGUACUUACAUAGCCUCAACCACAGCGUCGUCCACCUGUACACGAGGUAAACAUUAC